AUGAGUACAGAAAUUGAUAUAAAUAAGCUUAAAGCAGAAAUAAAAAAUGACAAAUAAAGAAGAUUAAUUCUCUUUGGAAUAUUUGCUACAGGGUUGAUUGGUCUUUAUGUUCUUGUGCAUUUCUCUCCACAUUUAACAUAGGAAGAGAGAAAGAUUGUCUAUAGAAUCCCCAAAUACCCUCAUCAUAUUGCAGAAUUGUUAAAUGUUAUAAACAGAUACACAGAAAAUAAUUAAUUCUACGUUCUAUUUGCCUUCAUCUACCUUUAUGUAUUCAUGCAAAGUUUUGCCAUUCCUGGACCUGUAUUUUUGAGUUUGCUUUCAGGGCAAUUGUUCGGUCCAAUCCCAGCAUUUCUAUUGGUGUGUUUAUGUGCCACAACUGGUGCAAGUUUAUGUUAUGGAUUGUCUUAUUCAUUGGCAAGAGGAAUAGUAUUAAACAGAUUUCCUAAUCAAAUUGUGAAUUUCAAUAAGAAGAUAUCUUAGAAUAGAGACAAUCUAUUUUUUUAUAUGCUAUUUUUGAGAUUCACUCCAUUGAUUCCUAAUGUUUCGAUUAAUGUUUCAGGACCUAUUGUUGGCCUUCCAUUUAAAUAUUUCUUCUUUGGCACAUUAUUUGGAUUAAUGCCAGGAAACAUCAUCCAUAUUAGAACAGGAUUAUUGAUUCAGGAACUUAAUGAUUUUUCUACAAGUUAUCAAGCUAUAUUGACAUUGCUAGGUUUGUCUUUGAUUGCUCUUCUGCCUACAUUCUUUAAAAAGAAGUUGCAAGAAUUGGAUGAGAAGGGAUUAAAUAAAUCAAAAAAGGAAUGA